AUGAAUGGCCCCAAGUGGAUACACGAUGAAAGUGCUUGGCUAAUUUGGAACCGAUCUACAGAUACAAGUUCAUCAGCUGUACUGAAGGUGGAUUGUGAAUUAAGUACCACAGACACCUGUACAGAAUCAGUGAAAACAACGGAAAACACUACAGUUGACGCUUCGAGAUUUUCUUCAUAUAGCAGAUUACUCCGUGCAACGGCCUACGUACUUAGAUUUAUUGAAAAUUGUAAAACUUCAAAGACACAGAGGAAAACAAGCGUACUUACAGCAAAAGAGCUUUAUAACGCUAAUGUGAUAAUUUUAAAAGAAACACAACGCGAUGUAUUCAAGCAGGAAAUCAACAAUCUGUCAAACCAAAAUUCAAAGAGAACUGCUAUCACAAAGCAAUUAGGACUGUAUCUGGACAACGAAGGGCUUCUCCAAUGUAGAGGACGUAUUCAUAAUUCAUCGCUUGACACGGAAACGAAAUUUCCCGUCCUUCUACCAAAGAAACACCUAGUGACGAGGUUGAUCAUCCUAAAUUCCCAUGAAAGUGUUCUACAAGCAGGAGUGAAUUCCACGAUUGUCAAAAUACAGCAGAAAUACUGGAUUCCACAUAUUCGCCAAUGUGUAAAAGGAAUUUUGAGAAAAUGCAUGAACUGCAAAAAGAUUAUUGGAAAAUCUUUUCCAGCGCCAGAUCCUCCGCCGUUACCUAAAGACAGACUUCGAGAAGAAUCUCCGUUUACUGUGACAGGAAUUGAUUUCGCAGGACCUCUCUUCGUAAAGGAAGUUAACAAGUCUCCAAGAAAGGUAUACAUUUGCCUAUUUACGUGUGCCGUUACAAGAGCCGUUCACAUUGUGUUAGUGGAGGAUAUGUCAGAGGAGACAUUCAUUAGAGCAUUUCGGAGAUUUGUUGGUCGCAGAUCAUUGCCAGAAAUUGUUAUUUCCGAUAAUGCAUCUACGUUCAAGGCAGCAGCAUCAGAUAUAGACAAUAUUCUUCACUCCACUAAAGUUCAGAAUAAGUUUUCAUCUUUAGGUACAGUUUGGAAAUUCAUUCCAUCUAGAGCUCCCUGGUAUGGUGGAUGGUGGGAACGCAUUAUUUGCAUGAUAAAAUCUACAAUCAAAAAGGUAUUAGGAAAAGCUCAAGUCACAUCAUCGGAACUUAAUACCUUAUUAACAGAAGUGGAAUGCAUGUUGAACAACAGACCCAUUACGUAUAAAUUCACAGAUCUUGAGGACCCACAGCCACUUACACCCUCCCAUCUUCUAUACGGACGGAAUCUGGAUGUAUUACCUUACUUCAAGCCACCGGAAGAAUCUCUACAACCAAUCAACAUGAAACGUAUCGAUGUGUGCAAAAGAGUUAUUCGACAAAGAGAUAUUCUUGAUCACUUCUGGAACAGAUGGAGAAAUGAGUAUUUGACAUCACUUCGUGAGUUUCAUCGUACGGCCGGAAGAACUGUACAGGAUAUUAAAGUCGGUGAUGUUGUUCUCGUCCACAAUGAAGGAAACAGACUAUUAUGGAAACUUGGCCUAAUCAAAGAGUUGAUAUACGGAAGAGACAAAUAUACCAGAGCAGCAAUUCUAAAGACUGAUACGGGACUAAUAAAUCGUCCUAUAACUAAGUUAUUUCCACUGGAGGUGUCAUUAGAAAAUAAAACUGAUGAAGUAUUAAAAUUACGAAGAAGCGAUCGUCUGAGAAAUUAA